AUGGAGGAGCGCAGGGGAGUGCGGGUGCCUCCUGAGCUGCAGUCGGCGCCGCCCAAACCCCUCGAGGAGUAUGCCCGCGCCCGCAUCCUCCAGUUCGCGCAGGCCUUUGCGGGGCGGCUGAACCCCACGGUGGCACCCGCGGUGCUGCAGCAGGCGGCGCUGGAGUGCAUCCAGGCGCUGCCGCCGCCAGACUACACGGGCAUGUCCCUGGAGCAGCGAGACCUGCAGCUCGUCUUCCGCCACGACUGCCUGUGA